CUUCACAGUGUCCAAAUUCCAGUCAUAACUGCUCCUUUCCCAGAUCCCACAAUCCCGUGCUAAAACCAAAUCGAGACCACCGAGCUAGGGUUUCUCACCACCGGCGGUGCCAUGGACGGCAACGCGGCGGACCACCGCCACCAGUCCCCUCCUCCUCUCCUUCCGCCGCCGCAUGCCCCCUGGGAGAUGGCCUCUCUGCCGAUCCCCGACGAGCUCCUGCGUGAAAUCUUCCUCCACCUGCCCACCCCUGCCGAUCUCGUCCGAGCCUCCGCCGCCUGCGUCUCCUUCCGCCGCGUCGUUGCCGAUCGAUCCUUCCUUCGGCGGUUCCGCAAGCUCCACGCCCCGCCCCUCCUCGGCUUCCUCAGUUCGCUCAGUCCGCAUAGCGGCUUCGAGUUCCACCCCGCCGUGCCGCCUCACCCCUCUGCGUCGGCGGCCAGCGCCGUUGCCCUCGCCGCCGACUUCUCCUUCUCUUUUGUCCCCGCCCCAGCCACUUCUGACUGCUGGGUCCUCCGGGACAUCCGCGACGGCCGCUUCCUGCUAGUCAGCGCCGGACGAGGUUUUUUGGGUGGAGAAAUGGUGGUCUGCGACCCCUUGCACCGGCGAUACAUCCUGGUUCCACCAAUCCCUGACGACCUAGCUGCUAUGGUUGCGAACCCGGGUCUCUCGGAGACUUUCCUCGUUCCCCGGGGGGAUGGCCAUGAUGACGAGGCAGCAGCUGAGGAAGAGACAUCAUUCAGAGUGAUGGGUAUGGUGUACUGCGAAGCUAACAUCAUCUCCUUUGUAUUUUCUUCCAGCACCAGACAAUGGCGAGCCGCUGCAUCCCGUAGUUGGAUCGAUUUGUUAGAUGGCUUGUUAUGGUCGCUAGAGGAGAGACUCUUCUGCUGGCGCUGGCGCCAAUACGUGUAUGGCUGCUUUUACUGGAUUCCAGACUGGGAGUAUGAAAUGAAAAUUUUGGUGCUCGACACCCGGAGUAUGGAGUUCUCCUUUGCCGACCCCCCAUCCGAAGCCAAACAUGCAUCCAGUAAUGAUAUAACUAUGAUCGAAGCAGGAGAAGGCAAGCCUGGGAUGCUUAUCCGUGGAUAUGAGUACGGCCCAUUUGAUCACAUUUAUACUAUUUGGAGAAACAAUGGUGGGAGUUCUAGCCAGUGGCAGAAGGAGAAGAUAAUCUCACCCUCAUUGGGCUGUGAGUACAUGGGCAACGGUUCAAUGGGGAAGUACUUGGUCCUGAAUCACUUGGGAAACUCAUCACUUGAGCCAGGCUUAUACAUGUUGGACAUCAAAACAUUACAACUUGAGAGGGUGUGUGCUUCGAUAGUGCAUGGCUUCGCAUAUAGCAACUACCCACCAUCGUUGUCGUCACCGACAAUAUCAAGCGGUAUUGAGGAGGAGGUGCUGGAACAAGGUUAUGCAUAGAUGCCCAUCAUGAUGAUGAUGCGGAUGGUGGAGGUAAGGCUGUGUGUUGAGGGUUGGAGAUGGUGCCAAUUAAGGUUGUGCUGCAACUUGGCGAUAGGGUUGUGGUCUGCAGUAGGGUGCUUUGGGUCGUAAUAUGGUCAUAUAUAUUUGACCUGUUGUUUACCUUGCCUUGUGUGGCUUGAUCUGACAAACAAUGGGGGUGUCUAUGCCGCAUAAGGUGGCGAGAGCAUCAUUGGCAUUAAGUUCCUGUGCAAUUAGUAAGUAACUGAGACUCUGUAUUAGAUCAAAGUGAUUGUGAUGUUGUUGUAUUCCUGCUAAUACAUGUGCCUGCUGUUGCAAAAACAUAGUGUGUGGAAUGAAGUCAGGUAUCUGUAAUGAAGGAGAAACGCCAAUUUCGUCCUGCAAAUGCAUAAUAGGUGAUAUGAAACUAAGUUGCUAUGUGUACAAAGAA